AUGGGUGGACAAGGCGCUACAAGAACCACACAGAAUUCGGUGCCCCAAGCUUCCAAGCCGACUAGCCAGCAGGAUCCAGCAACCGUUGCGGCCUUGGAAUUGGAGGAUCUUCCAUCAGAUGCCUUCUCAUCUCCAGAGCCACCCCAGUCAAGGCUACCGGCUUCUGCGACAAUCUCAGCACCUCAAACUGCACGGUCAGGAUUCAGCAGGACGAGUUCGGGGAAUUGGCGUCAGACGACCCUCUUCGGUGGCUCGAUAUCAAGUGAUGGCCCAAGAACAUCACAACCAGCAACUGCUCGCGUAUUCCGUGCCGACCUUCCCCCAGAGCCGCGGACUCAUCAUGCGAUAGACGAGGAGGCCAUGAAAACAUGGGUUUAUCCCACAAACCUAGGCGCCAUUCGCGACUAUCAGUUCAGCAUCGUCAAGAAUAGUCUUUUCAACAACACAUUGGUGGCUCUACCAACCGGUCUAGGAAAAACGUUCAUUGCGGCAACCGUUAUGCUAAACUUUUACCGGUGGACCAAAACCGCUAAGCUUGUCUUUGUUGCCCCUACGAAGCCCCUCGUGGCACAACAGGUCGAUGCGUGUUACAACAUUGCUGGAAUCCCUCGUUCAGAGACGACUUUGUUGACCGGAGAUAUCCCUCCAGCUCUGCGUGUUGACGAGUGGGAGGCGCGACGGGUGUUCUUCAUGACCCCGCAGACUCUUCUGAACGACAUUUCCCACGGUUAUGCGGAUCCAAAGCAGAUUGCUCUGCUGGUCAUCGACGAAGCACACCGAGGUGUUGGAGAGUAUGCCUAUGCCAAGGUCACGAAACUCAUCCGUCGUUUCUCCAACAGUUUCCGCGUGCUGGCGCUGACUGCUACACCUGGAUCCAAGAUCGAGACGGUGCAAGAGGUUAUUGAUAACCUUGGAAUUUCCCAUUGCGAGAUUCGUACUGAGGACUCGAUCGAUAUCCGCCAAUAUGUCCACCAGAGAAAUAUCGAGCAGGUUGUUCUUGACCCAUCUGACGAGAUGUGUCUUGUCAGCGAGUUAUUCACCAAGGCUCUGAAACCUUUAACCGACAAAUUGUCAUCACAAAAUAUCUGGUUCGGACGAAAUCCUAUGGCUAUCACAGCUUACGGCCUGAUGCAAUCUCAGAAGGAAUGGUUUGCAUCACGCGGGAGGCAUGCAAACCAGGGAGUUCAACAUAUGAUGCGAGCCGUCUUCAGCGUUCUCACAAGCAUCGCGCACUCUAUAAAGCUGCUCAACUUUCACGGAAUCAAACCAUUUUACGACAACCUCGUCGACUUGCGCAGUGAGCAGGAAGGCAAGGGGGAGAAAGGUUCCAAGUACAAGCGCCAGCUUAUCCAAGACUCCAACUUUCAGGAGAUGAUGGACAAGAUCUCCAAGUGGUUACGCACAGAUGGCUUCGUGGGCCAUCCCAAGCUCACUGCCUUGGCGGAUACCGUGCUGAAUCACUUCAUGGAUAAGGGAGAGGGCUCUGCAACACGAGUGAUUGUCUUCAGCGAGUACCGUGACUCGGCAGAGGACAUUGUGCGCAUGCUAAACACCCAUCGGCCGCUCAUCAAAGCUAGUGUCUUCGUUGGGCAAGCUGACGGUAAACGAGGAGAAGGCAUGAAGCAAGCCCAGCAGAUCGCGGCGAUCGAAAGGUUCAAGCGAGGAGAAUUCAACGUUCUCGUUGCGACAUCUAUUGGUGAGGAAGGACUCGACAUUGGUCAGGUUGACCUCAUUGUCUGCUAUGAUUCUUCAGCGUCGCCAAUUCGAAUGCUGCAGCGAAUGGGCCGAACAGGUCGAAAGCGGGCGGGAAAUAUCGUGUUGCUCCUGAUGCGUGGAAAGGAGGAAGACCAGUUCGCCAAAUCCAAGGACAACUACGAGAAGAUGCAAACCCUCAUUUGCGAGGGAAGCCGCUUCAACUUCCGCUUUGAUCUCUCGACACGGAUUGUUCCUAGGGCCAUCCGGCCAGAGGUCGACAAGCGACAUGUUGACAUACCCGUCGAAAACACCCAAGACACGUCACUACCAGAGCCUAAGAAACGUCGAGUUCCGGCUGGAAAGAAGAAGCCCCCAAAGAAGUUCCACAUGCCUGAUGGAGUGGAGACAGGUUUUCAGAGUGUGGCGAGCAUGUUGAAGGUUGGGGGUAAAGCGAAGCAAACAAAGACACGACAAAACCCGGAACUUAGCGACAUUGUUCAAGUACCAGACCAGAGCAAGGUUCUUCUUAAAGAUGAGGAGCUUAAGGAGCUCAACCGGGCGUACCGUGACCUGCCCUUCAAUCACACGGUUGUGGAGGAAACAGCAAUACCAAGCAUGACAGCCUAUCCGGAGUUGCAACGGCAAUUGCGACCAGUUUUCAAGCUCAAGCAUGGGACUCGCACAAAACGCUGCGUUGAGAUGUGGAAGAAGAUGGGAACUGACCCGGAAAGCAUGGUGCUGCCUUGUCGUUCCGUGGAUACGAGCGACUACCUGGAGAUUCCAGUACCUGCAUUUGCUGGAUCUGAUGAUGAACCGCAGGAAGUGAGACCGCCUGCGAGGGUGAAGCCAGCGAAGCCAGCAAAACCAACAAAACCAGCGGCACCGGCUAAAAAGAAGGCGAACAGACAACCUCCUUCAAAGGCGCAGCCUCAAGCUAAGAGGAGAAGACUAUCUCCUGUUUUGGAGCCAGAAUCCUACGUUCUUGGUUCUAUGGUGGAUGAUGGGAUGUCAGACGAGGAGGACGAAAAUGAAGAGGAAGAGGAAGAAGAGGCGACACCCCGUGGUCGUGGACGGCCGAAGAAAGGUAGCAAGCCUCGCGGAAAGGGGAAGCGGAAGACUCAACGCAAGACCGGUGGGAUCAACAGCGAUGAGGUUGGUGACGACUGCGAUCGAGAUAGUGACAUGAUGGAGACGGAUGGCUCUGAUGACGGCGAAGAUUUGGUCGACUUCAUCGUCUCCGACAACCAUCCGAUAUCGAGCUUAAGGGAAGCUCCCACAUCACCAAUCUCGACAGGCACAUCACAGCCGCCUGGAACUGAUGAAACGGCGAAGCCUUUCUUUGUACCAACCCGAUUCUCAGCCACACAGGAAAGCGAAGAUAUCCCAGAGCUUGGUGAGCUUGUUAAGAAGAAAGCUGGCGGAAGAUCGGCUGUGGAGGAGUCGGAGGACGAUGUUACUACGAGACGGGCAAUCCGUGGCCGGCGAGCCAUGGUGGUGGACGAGAGCGACAGUGACUUUUAA